AUGGAAGGGGCAGAUAGAACUCAAAUAAUAGCUUCUAGAGGAAGAAUUAAAGCUUCUGUAACAAGACUUGAGAAUACAUUUAAUGAUAUGAAUACGAAAAAUGAAGUUUUGAUACGUAUUCAAAGGUUAGAUACUUUAUUUACGGAAUUUGAAAAACUUGAUGUAUUAUUAGAUGAUAAAGAUUCUGAAAUAGCAGAAUUUGAGGAAAAAUAUUUUAGAUUAAAAGCUCAGUAUCAAAAUAAAAUCGAAAGCUUUCAUGUUCCGUCUCAGAUAAGAGAAGUACAAAUUAAUGGUGGUGGUUCUACUGUAAUGCAAAAUGCGGAGACAAAUUUAAGUAAUUUCCGAUUGCCAAAGCUAAAUAUUACGCCUUUCUCUGGCAAUUUUAAUGAUUGGAUAAAUUUUAAAGAUCUUUAUCUUGUAACAGUUCAUAAUCAAGAUUCAUUGUCUAAUGUACAAAAGUUUCAAUAUUUGAAAGGGUUGCUCACCGAUGAGCCAGCGUCUUUAAUUAAGCAUAUUCCCUUAUCUAACGCUUCAUAUUUGGAAGCAUGGGAAAAGCUAUUGGAUAGGUAUGAUAAAAAGAAGAAAAUUGUACAGUCUUUGAUAGGAACAUUUUUAGAACAGAAAGGUAUCUCACAGGCGAAUGAUACAAAUUUAAAGAACUUUAUGGAUACAAGUGAUGAAAUUAUUAGAGGAUUGAAAGCUCUUGGUGAGGAAGCAUCAAGUAGAGAUCCUUGGUUAAUUUAUUUAAUGCUUCAAAAACUUGAUACAGAAAGUAGAAGGCUUUGGUCUUCUGAGACUGCUAACGUAGACUUUCCUUCUUUGAAAUCAUUUUUUGAUUUCUUGAAAACAAGGUGUUCGUCUCUUGAGUUAAUAAUGAACAACGAGUUAAAAAAAGUAGAGCCAAUGAAAAAUAAUGUUGGUAUAAAAAAUCGCUCAGAUGUCAGAAUUACUAAAAAUUGCAUUAAGUGCCAUGGAGUGCAUCCCUUGUUUAAAUGCGUGAAAUUUAAAAGCAUGGAUUUUAGUGGGAGAAAGAAUUUUGUAAAACGAAACCAAUUGUGUUAUUUGUGCUUAAAUUUGCACAGGGUAAAAGACUGUCCGAAUUCACAUUUAAAGUGUAUGCUGUGUCAAGCAAAGCACAAUACAUUAUUGCAUGAAAAUAUUAAGGGGAAUACUGCUAGUGUUUCUGAAUAUUUAGUUGAGAAAAAAAGAUUUCAAACUACCGUAGAAGAAAAUGACAAUCCACGAGAGAGUUUUUCACCUGAUUGUGAACUUGACUCUAACAACGUAAAUCGGGGUGUUAUUUCCAGUACUUCUGUAAACAAUACUAGAAGUGUUUCUUUUCUUCCUACUGCUCAAGUUGUAAUUCAAGAUGGUUCUGGAAAAUCUUACACUUUCAGGGCUUUGCUGGAUUCAGGAUCUGAGUGCUCAUUCAUCAGUGAGAAUUUAAUGAAUGUGUUACGAUUAAGAAGAAAAAAUGAUAGAAUUUCUUUGACUGGGAUCGCUGAAGUGUCUGCAGGUCAAACUCGAGGCUCCGUAAUGCUUGACAUUGGGUCGAAAUUUUCUAAUGAGCGCAUCGAAGUUAAAGCAUAUAUUUUGAAUAAAUUAACUGCUCAGUUACCAUCUGAAUUUUUGGAUUUAAAGGACUUAGAUUAUAUUAAAGCUAUCAAUAAUCUUGCGGACAAAGAAUUCAUGCGUCCGCAACCAAUUGACAUUAUUUUGGGUUCCGACUGUUUUUUCACGAUAAUGCGAAAUGGUAAAAUUGUUGGUUCGAAGAAUGAACCCAUUGCCCAAAAUACGAUGUUUGGAUGGGUCAUUGCUGGAAGAAUUCUUCGUAGUGACAUUUCGUCUCCCAUUGCUCAUUCGCAUUUUAUUAAUGUCGAAGAAAACACAAAUAUAGAUGCAAUUCUUCAGAAAUUUUGGCAAACUGAAGAAUUACCCGUGAAAAAGAGACUGCUAUCCGAAGAAGAGGAAUUUUGUGAAACUCAUUUUCAGACUACCUAUAAAAUUAAUGAUCAGGGUCGAUUUGUUGUCAAGUUGCCAAUUUACAAAGAUAAAUCAUUUUUUAUGAUUGAUUAUGAAAAAUUGGGACACAUGACACGUGCUGAAACAAGCUCUGACUUUAUAAACUCUGAUACAUACUUUCUUCCUCAUCAUGCUGUUAUCAAGAAUGAUAGUGUUUCUACAAAACUCAGAGUUGUUUUCGAUGGUUCAUGUAAGCCACCUGAUUCACAUUCCUUGAAUUCUAUCUUGGCUGUUGGUCAAACAGUGCAACCAGAUUUAUUUGCUAUUCUCAUGAGGUUUCGUAUGAAUAGAAUAGCAUUUUCAGCAGAUAUUCAACAGAUGUAUCGGCAAAUUCUUGUUGAUUUUGCGGAUCAAGAUCUACAGAGAAUUGUUUGGAGGGAGUCGGAGAGUUCUCCAAUUAGUGAAUUUCGAUUAUGUACUCUUACCUAUGGUACUUCGGCAGCACCAUUUUUAGCGACGCGAGUGUUGCAUCAAAUUGGUUUAGACAUUGAAAACGAAGAUCCUACUGUAUCAUCUAUAAUUAAGAAUUCUUUCUACAUUGAUGACUUAAUGUCAGGUUCAAAUUCGAACGAAGAAGCUAUUGCAACAAUCAAAACACUUUCUGAAGUUUUGGAAGCUAGAGGAUUUCAUUUGAGAAAAUGGCGUUCUAAUUCUCCACAAGUACUGUCUGAUUCUUUGCCUACUUCACCCAAAGAAGUUCAAAAUUUAGAGAUUCAUCCAGAUGAGUGCUCUAAAGCUUUAGGUCUCACGUGGGACUCCUUAAACGACUGCUUUGUUUUUAAAGUUAAUUUCAAAUUUGAAGGUAAUAUUACAAAACGAACAUUUUUAUCGCAAUCAGCUAAGUUAUUUGAUCCUCUUGGGUUUUUAUCACCAUGCACUAUUUCUAUCAAAAUAUUUUAUCAGCAGUUAUGGCUUUUGAAAUUGGACUGGGAUAGUCCUCUGCCUCAAGAACUUGCUACCAAAUGGGAAGCUUUUCAAAGGAACUUUGAGCAAGUGUGCUACAUUCGCAUUCCGAGAUGGAUUCAAACAACUAAUAAGAACAUUAUUCUUCAUGGUUUUUGUGACGCCUCAGAAUGUGCUUAUGCUGCUGUCAUCUAUGCAGUGCAGCCUCGUUCUGAUGAGGAGUCAGAAGUAAUUAUUUUGACAUCUAAAAGCAAGGUUGCUCCACUGAAGUCUGUUUCAAUUCCCAGACUUGAAUUAAAUGGUGCUCUGUUACUAGCAAGAUUGUAUUCCUCGACAAAGAGCAUAUUUUCAGACUGUGAUAUCUCAUUCCAUGCAUGGACAGAUUCUCAAGUCGUUUUAACCUGGCUGUCGUCUCCUCCUCGUAAUUGGAAACCUUAUGUUUCUAACAGAACUUCUGAAAUUUUAGACUUAGUACCAGUUAAAAGUUGGUCGUUCGUCCCAACGAAGGAAAAUCCGGCAGACAUUGCGUCCAGAGGAUUAGCUCCUAAAUAUCUUCCGGAUUGCACAAUUUGGUGGAAAGGACCUUCGUGGCUAAAAUUAUCUGAAGAAAGCUGGCCUAAACAACUACAUAGAGCUGAAAAUUCAGAAACUGUCUUGAAGGAGAAAAAGAACUUUAAAUUUAGUUUCAAUACUUCUGUUAAUUGUAGUAUCAUUGAUAACUUAUUUCAGAAAUUUUCUUCAUUUUCUAAAAUUAUUGAUAUAUUAGCAUUUUGUUUUAGGUUUAUCUCAAAUUGUAGAAUGAGAAAUCGUAAGCGAAAACCAGGUAUUUUGAGCAAUGAUAAGCCAUUGCCACUGACUACAUCUGAAAGAAAGCAGGCAGGUAAAGUGGUAAUUUCUUAUAUUCAAUCUGCGUACUUUAGCGAUGAAAUUAAUUGCAUCAAGAAUGACAUGUCUCUACCAUGUAAAAGUUCAUUGCUAAGUUUAUGCCCAUUUUUUGAUAAAGAUGGCUUGAUUAGGGUGGGAGGAAGGUUGCAAAAUUCGCAGCUGUCUUUUAGUGCUAAACACCCAAUUAUUUUACCAGCUCAGCAUAAAAUUAGUUCAUUAUUAGUUAAACAUUUUCAUAUGUUACAUUUUCAUGCUGGUACUACUUUAUUACUAGGUAUUUUGCGCCAACAGUAUUGGAUUAUAGGUGCUAGAAAAAUUAUCAAAAAAUGUAUUCAUAACUGCGUUAUUUGUUGUAGAUAUAGAUUUUCUGUUUCAAAACAAAUAAUGGGUAAUCUUCCUGUAGAUAGAGUUACUCUUACUAAACCGUUUUCAGUGUGUGGGGUAGAUUAUGCUGGCCCAGUUAGUAUUUUGAAGCAUAGAGGUAGGGGUGAAAAAACUACUAAAGGUUACAUAGCGCUAUUUGUUUGUUUUGCCACCAAGGCUCUACAUUUAGAGUUAGUUAGUGAUAUGACAUCUGAAACUUUUAUUGCUGCUUUGCGCAGAUUUUGUUCUCGAAGAGGAGCUCCAAAGCACAUCCAUUCUGAUAAUGGUACUACCUUUGUCGGGGCUAAAAAACAGUUGUCAACUAUAUAUAACUUUGUGUCCUCUAUUAAUAAAGAUGAAAAAAUAAGUUAUUUCUUGUACCAAAUGAAUAUUGAAUGGCAUAUGAUACCGCCACUAAGUCCUCACUUUGGUGGAUUAUGGGAGGCAGGCGUUAAAUCAGUAAAAUUUCAUAUAAAACGGGUUAUCGGGAAUACAAAUUUAACGUUUGAAGAACUAACCACUCUUCUGACUCAAAUCGAGGCUUUACUUAAUUCUCGUCCUCUCAUUGCACUUGAUGAUAGUGAUUUGAGCCAGUUGAGCAUGUUAACACCCUCACAUUUCUUGAUAGGUGAAGUAAUUUCUUCUCCUCCUGAGUAUGUACAGGAAAGUAAGUUGUCACUACGCUCUAGAUGGGAUAUUGUUCAAAAAAUGAAACUUGGAUUUUGGAAAAGAUGGCGUGUGGACUAUUUGAGUUCACUCCAAAAUAAAAAAAAAUGGAAAACUAAGGGCAUUAAUUUUGUUGUAGGGGAUAUAGUCCUCAUACGAGAGGAUAACGUUGCUCCUUCUAUUUGGCCCUUGGGUAAAAUAAUUGCUACCCAUUCAGGUAAGGAUGGUGGGGUAAGAGUUGUUACUUUAAAAACUGCAAAAGGUAGUUUUAAACGGCCAAUUGUAAAAUUGUGCAAACUUCCAACACAUCAAGAAUAG